UCUGUGAGCGAAUAGUCCGUGAGCGAUAUGUCGCGUGAACGAAUUGUCGGGUGAACGAAAUGUCUGGUGAACGAAUAGUCGCGUGAACGAAAAGUCGUGAACGAUUUGUCGGUGAACGAAAUGUCAGUGAACGAAUUGUCGUGGAACCGUUCCAUUAGUAUAGUUCCAUGAUGAAUCUAAUUAAAAAAGUUCACGCAUGGGCAGAGCGAAGCCUUCACGCUCAAAAUGAACUCUAGACUCUAGAUAAGUCUUAAUAUAGAUCUAUGUCUAACUCAAGAUUUAGAUCUUCUUUAUACUUUAACACAUGAACAUACAUAAUUAAGUUUAUUUAUUACAAAUUUUAAUUAUAAUAAUAAUAAUAAUCUUUAUUAUCCGUAAGGAAAUUUGUCUUACAAUUUGUGCAUUACACCAAACAAAAAACAUUAUAACUAUAAGAAACCAAAAUGUACAUUCACACCAGACUCACUCAUAAUUUACAUGUGACAAAGUUUAUACCAGAUUGUUCUUAUUUAAUGAUUAGAUUGCCAGGGGAACAAUUUAUAUGUGACAAAGUUUAUACCAGAUUGUUCUUAUUUAAUGAUUUGAUUGCCAGGGGAACAAUUUACAUGUGACAAAGUUUAUACCAGAUUGUUCUUAUUUAAUGAUUGGAUUGCCAGGGGAACAAAAGAGUAUUUGUGUGUGUCUGUCUUUGCUAUCGGUAUCUCUUUUGUGAUGGUAAAAUCACAAAAUCCUGAUACAAAGGGUGAUUCUUUAUUUUGAGGAUCUUGUUAGCUUUUUUAUAGACGUUUGUCUCAAACAACUGCCCAAAUGGGGUUUGUUUUUUGCCAAUGAUUUUGCCAGCAGCAUUUAGGAUUCUAUAAAGUUUAUUUUUAUUUUUAAUGCUCAGAUUGCCAUACCAUGCAGUAAUAUUGAAACUUAAAAUAUUGCAGAUGUGAGCGUGAUAAAACAUAGCCAAGGCCUUUUCGCUAACAUUAAACGAGGACAGUUUUCUUAGUAAUCGUAAUCUUUGCUGCCCUUUUUUGCUGAUAUAAUCAGUAUUUGCAGUAAAAUUUAGUUUAUUGUUUAGGAUAUUAAUCAAAUAUAUGUAGGCCUACAAGCUAAUGUUUUUAUUUGAAACAAGGUUACAAAGGCAGUUUGUGUGGAAACAUAAGCUCAAAAUCGGCCCACGAAGUGGUCCACCCAGGCAGGCUUCAAUAUUUUCAGAAGGAACAUCCGAAUGAAAUUAUAUCAAAGACAAAUGACAGACAAGAAUGGAAAAAGAAGGUUGACAGAUCAUGUGUAGUGCCCCAACGGUCCAGUAGAUCAAAGGAUAGGUGAAAGUAAAUGUAAAGUUAGAUGUGAACCUGGCCUAACUAGUUCCUCUUUCAGACCUUGUGGUCUAUAAGGCAGAUAAUGUAAAGUUCAUCUGUUUUUGUGGCCUACGGUUAACGAUGGUGUCAUGUAGCCAGCACAACGACAAACCGCAUUUACGUUUCCCCAACUAAUGUCAGGUACCCAUUAGAGCUGGGUGGACUCAGAGGCGCCCAAAGAAAAGUUGAAAAUCCCAGUCUUCUUAUCUUAUAUAAUACAGACGCUACUUCAAAAAAGAAGAUGAUUAAUAUAGUUCUUGACUGAAGAAGAGCCGAAUUAGUCCCCUUUUGUUGUCUGAGGCUUAGUGAACACAAAGAUGAAAUAGAAACACUAGAUACCUAUACAAUCUUCCAUGUUCAUAGACUCUUCUCUAGCAGAAUGGCUACCGCGUUGGCUUGAAAAGCCUGAGAAGGCUUCAUCCACAAGUUUGAAUUCAGGACGUUCCAUUUUUAAAAAAUACUUUAAAAAGCGAUCACCGAGAUACCCCUUUUUUUCUCAACUACCCCUUUCCAAUUGAUCCAGAAAAGUGAGAGUUUGAAUGCUAAAAGCAUGAAAUUGCGCUAAACAAAAACAAUUGGUAAAAAAAUAAUUAUAAUCACACAGAUUUAUUACUGUUAGUCUAGAUCUAUCACAAAUUUAAUUAAAUGACUGAUCCUAACUAAUUAAUACACGUAAUGCAAGCUUUGUUUUUAAAUAGUAUUUUUUAAAUUUGUACUUUUGUUAGAAUAUGUGUAAACAGUUAUAAUCUAAUACAUGUGUUAUAUUCUUAGAUACAGCAAUGAAUGAGAUACGUAUGCUUAAAGCAGAGAGAGAUACAAGUACCGAGUAUAUCGAGUUUACAGCCAGAUCCAACACUCAUCAAGAAAAAUUCCUACCUUUUAUUGACUUUUCAUUAAACCAUUUACCUGCUUGCUAUCAGCACGAUGAGAUGAUAAACUUGAUCAAAUCUCUGGCUGAUUUAACAGUCAAGAUAGAAGUCAAAGAUGUUCAUGAGAUUAGAGAACAGUUCUGGAAAGAUAAGAUACACUUUUUUGAGGAAGAUAUCAAGUCAAAGAGAAUUAUUUUAGGAAGUGGUAAAGUUGAAGACGUGAAAUUGUACUCAGAGAAAGAUGCUGGACCUUGUCCGUGUCGCUGUAAGAAAUGCAAAUCUGUGCCCAAACAGAAAUGGGGGGAGAUAAGAAUCCUUACAUCAGCUCAACUAUUGUAUGAUAACAAAGAUGCGAAACGAUUUGUCUGUACUUUGUUUUAUGAUGAUGAAACAAGUCACACAAUCACAGUCAUAGGUGAAAACAUUGUGGUAAAGAACAUUGAGAGGGAUAUUUGUAUUUUGACAUGUGUUACCUGUGACUUAGAUUUAAUAGCUUGUCUUGAAAGUAUGCUAGACAAAUUUGAAGAGUGCUGGGAAAACGCUUUUGAUAAAUAUAUUCAUUCAGUGAAAUGGGAAGACGAGAAACUGAUAGUUCUUGUUUCACAUCCUCUUGGCUACAAGAAACACAUAUCCAUUGGAAAGAAACUUGAUUGCCAGCGGGAUGCCGAAUCAAAAGGAAUCAACUAUGAUGUUCCAACACUACCUGGAAGUAGAGGCGCAUUUUUACUUGUUCCAGAUUUCGAUGUUAUUAAUAAGAACGUUAAAAUUUUAUAAAAAACAAUAAUUUCUAUUCUUAGUUUGGAAAACCAAUGAUUUAUUUUAGCAAAAUUUAUACUUAAAUUAUCUAUCUAUCUGUCUGUGUAUCUAUCUAUAUAUAGAUAUAUAUAUAUAUAUUUACAUAUAUAUUCUCGAUGUACAAUAUAUCCUCUAC